AUGCGGCGGAUUGCUCUGAUAUAUAAUCGAUACGUCAUGGUCAUCGGCAUGACCUCGUACCUUGCCGUCGGCGGGGUAUUCAAGCAAACGAAGAUAACCCAGGCGUAUGCCCUGGUAAUCAACGCCUUCACCUUGGUCCUGCUGCCGAAGGCUCUAUGGGAAGCGUCCCAGAGUAUGAUAAUGGCCGGGUGGCUGCCACCGUUUAUGUGGAUAAUUCCCUACAUUCAGAACUCUAUAAGCUACGCCGUGAUUGCCUAUACCUUGAUUUCAAGAUGCUAUCGAGACGCCAUGCUGUUGGAUCUGGAACUUGUGAUAAAGCAAUUGAACCGUGAGAUGUCGCGAACGGGAAAGCAGAUGAACUCCAAGUUGCAAAGGAUCUUUUUACUGAAAACCUUUACUUUGACGUAUUUGUGUUGCGCCUACAUAAUGGCCAUAUUUUUUUGGCGAUGGGGGGACUCCUGGAUUUAUUUAAUGAAGACAUUGCUAAUGAACAUGUCCUUCAACAUCCUCAUUGCCAGCACCUAUUUCUACUUUGUGACCCUCUGGCAAAUAGCCCGGGGCUACGACUUUGUAAAUCAGCGAUUGCAGGAGAUUACUACAUCUGAAUGGGAUGACUUGAAGGAACAAGUUGAGGAACUUCGGAGCCUCUGGGCUUUGCAUACAAAUCUCAGCCGGACAGCCAAGCGCAUAAAUCGGCACUAUGGACCACAAAUGCUCGCCUCGCGAUUCGAUCACUUUAUUUUCUCAAUUAUGAACGGAUAUAUGGGCAUGAUCUACGCACACCGUCCAGGUGGUUCAUCGGUUGAGAAGGUCUACGGAUUCUUUCUCUACAUAAUACGAAGCCUGGACUUCUUUCUCAACGAUUACAUUUGCGAUUUGAUGACUCAAUACCAGAGCGAGCCCAAAAGCACCCUUACCGAGGGCCACAUGUCCAAGGAGCUCAGUUCCUACGUGAUCUAUGAACACAGCAUUAGGCUUAAUUUGCUGGUCUGUGGACUGUAUCCGGCCAAUAGGAAUAGAUGGCUGCACAUGAUCAUUUCUAUCAUUGUCCAUUCCAUCUUGCUGCUGCAAUUUCAUAUGGUUAUGAACCAGAAAUAG